UGGCCCGCCUCUCGGGCUCCUUGCCGCGAGUAGCCCCCCUUCGCCCAGUGGUUCGGGUGGGAGGUUGUCGGCUGUGUCUGCACAAGCGGGAUCUGAGGGGAUUCCUUUUUUUUUUCUCCCUCAGCCGUGCGCGCACCUCCCAACGCUUCUGGGAUAACGAUGCAGUUUAUGUUGCUUUUUAGUCGCCAGGGAAAACUGAGACUUCAAAAAUGGUAUGUCCCAUUAUCUGACAAAGAAAAGAAGAAAAUCACAAGAGAACUUGUUCAAACAGUCUUAGCCCGUAAACCGAAAAUGUGCAGUUUCUUGGAAUGGAGAGAUCUGAAGAUUGUCUACAAAAGGUAUGCAAGCCUCUAUUUCUGCUGUGCCAUUGAAGAUCAGGAUAAUGAGUUAAUAACCUUGGAAAUAAUUCAUCGUUAUGUAGAAUUACUUGAUAAAUAUUUUGGAAGUGUCUGUGAACUUGAUAUCAUCUUUAAUUUUGAGAAGGCUUAUUUUAUUUUGGAUGAAUUCCUCUUGGGAGGAGAAGUUCAAGAGACCUCCAAGAAAAAUGUUCUUAAAGCCAUUGAACAGGCAGAUCUAUUACAAGAGCCACGUCAUGAAUACUUUAAUGUCCCAGUAUAUUAAAUGACUUCAUUCAUCAUGCACACAGAAAGGCAUUAGACCUGGCUUUCUCAUGGCAGAACGUUUUUCCUCAGCUUGGUGAAUCCAAUCAUCUUGAACAAAUUAGUGUAUAUCACAGUUGUGUGUUUUGUUUUAGCUGUUUGUAUUUUUCCUUGUCCUGCCAUUUGCAAUGUUUGUUUUUCUUCAUAUGUUUUGUCAGCAUGCUGUAAUUUUGUUGUUAAACUAUUUAAAUUUAUCUCAUUAGCACUUGACAUAGCAUGUAAAACUCCAGCUUGAAAUACUUUGCUUAGCCUCACUCUAUCAUUUGAACAUUUAACCCAAUUCAAUAUAUAUAUAAAUCUAAUUUAUGCAGCUAGCACAUAGAAAUCAACUGAUAUUAACGUAUACAUUUUAUCCCACUAAACAAAAUGUUUUCUAAAUAGCACCUUCUACACUUAUCAUGAAAAACAAUCCUGAAGGCCACAAAUUGUUAUACAUAUAUAUUAAACAGAUUUGCUUCACUGCUAACUAAGUUUAAAAAAUAAGUACAUUGAUCUUGUAUUCUCUAAACUAUGCAUAAGGUAUUCCUUCUGCAUGCAAAGUCUUUUUUUCAUUAAUUUCAAUAUUUUAGAGUAGACUUAUGUGGAUAUCUUCAGUGCAUGAAUGGAGCUGAUCCAAAUGUUACAAUAGCAAUAAAAAUGUUCAUAAAUGUAUAAAAGCAACUACCAACGUAUAUGACUAAAAAAACCCUCCUGAUUUCAUUUUAAAACAAAAAGUCAUAAUAAAAAGGGAGACAUGACUACUGUUACAAAGUUAGGCUUUCAAAAUGGCUGUUAAAAAAAUAGAAAAUUGUUUCUGCAAUAUGAUUAAAUACAGAUACAGCAUACUAGAGAGAGUCAUUAUUUCGAACACGGGAUUAACGUCAUUUUCCAUUACCUCUGGGAAGCAUGCAAGAAGCAUUUAUAUUGCAGAUCUCUCUCUCCCUCACUGUGAAUGUAUAUGGUUUUGCUUCUGUGAAUGUACAUGGUAAAUGCUGCUUUGCAUUCUUUUAAUGUCUGGCUCUUCAAACUGCUGCAAAUGGAGUGCUGAUGAUGGUGCAGUAUUGUUGCACCUUUAUGUAUGCUUGUAAAUUUAUCUGCAUGCUUGUAAAUUACUAUGAAUUUUUUGGGGCAUGUCUGUAAUAAACUAUUGCAUGCACUUC